CACAAUUACAAUUUAUGCACUCACGAACAAAGUAAUCGCUAGCUUUUAACGGGCUAAUCCACGCACGACCAUGCCUAAACAAGGCUUGCUGCACCUCGCUAGAGGACGUUAGCGACAAUGGACGGUGAGGGGCACGCGACAUUAUUUGUCGGAUGGAAAAGGGAACGUAAACUUGUCUGGUUGAUAUUGCUUUGUGGGGGUUUCUGCGAUAACAACUCGUACUUUCCACCAACACCUAUAAAGUACGCUUUUCGCUCCCUCGCCACUACCAGUUUUUGUUCCUCGAUUAUUCCUAUAUAUUGGUUCUGCAAUAGAGAGAAGGAGAGAGAGAUAGAUCCUACUUAACUUGUCACUUGUCUGAGUGAACCGAGCUUGUUGCGAGAGAGGCGAGUACGUGUACUCUACCUUGGCGAUUCCCGACGUCCAACCUCCCAGACGACCGACCCUCUCAGUCCGCGCACCGGACACCGACACUCCACCAUGGUGUCCCGCAAGCACAGCACCUCGACCGUGCGCUUCAUCCCCCUCACCUACUCGCCCUCAGACUCUCAGUCCUCCGCCCUCCGCCUCAUCCUCUCCGUUUUCCCCGACUGGGAGAAGACGGACGGGAAAAUCGAAUUCGUCCGCUUCACAGAUGGCAUCACAAACACCCUCCUCAAAGCAAUAAAUGUGCGCCCCGGCCUGUCCAAGCAGGAGAUUGACGACAGCGCGGUGCUCCUUCGCGCUUUUGGGAAGGGCACAGACCUCAUCAUCGACCGUGAGCGCGAGACGCAGAAUCAUGAGCUACUGAUGGGCCAUGGGCUUGCGCCGCAACUGCUCGCCCGCUUCAACAACGGGAUGGUGUACCGGUACAUAUCCGGAUCUGUGACAGCGCCGGGUGAUCUGAGGAACAAGGACGUGUACACGGCAGUUGCGAGGCGUCUCGCGCAGUGGCACGCCGUCGUGCCGUGUCUCCCCAACACGCGGGUGCCGGUGGAAGAGGUGGCUAGCGAGGCGAUGGAGACGAUGGUUCCUACGGAGCGGAGGGACCCGGAGGUGCAGCGGAAGAUCGAUGGUGUUGCGCCGGGGAAGGUGGCGCCGAAUGUGUGGACGGUGACGCAGAAGUGGAUUUAUGCCUUACCGACUGCGACGGAGGCGCAGAGGGCACGUCAGGCGGAGUUGCAGGGGGAGUUGGAGCGGACGGUUGCGGAGUUGAGUGAUAGGCCGGGGUUGGGGAAGAAUAGUCUGGUGUUUGCGCAUUGCGAUUUGUUGAGUGGGAAUGUGAUUGUUGAGCCGACGGCGAAGGGGGAGGCGAAUGGGGUGGCGGCGAAGGAGCCGGUUACGUCGGUGUCGUUUAUCGAUUACGAGUAUGCGGUUCCGUCGCCGGCGGCUUUUGAUAUUGCGAACCACUUUGCGGAGUGGGGAGGGUUUGACUGCGAUUUCAGCGUCUUGCCGACGCGUUCGCAGAGGCGCGAUUUCAUCCGCGAGUAUGUUGCGAGCUACUUUGCGCACCUCAAUGUUGCCAAGACCAGCGAGGAGUUGGAGAGUGAGGCACAGGCGCUGUUUGAGAGCGUGGACUUGUUCCGUGGCGUUCCCGGGUUGUACUGGGGCAUCUGGGCUAUCAUCCAGUCGGUCAUUUCACAGAUCGAUUUCGACUACGCAUCUUACGCCGAGGUGAGGCUGGGAGAGUAUUACGCUUGGAGGGGAGAGACGGAGGGGACAAGGGAGAAGAAGGGAGAGGAGAUGCCGUUGCGGGAGAGGCGAUGGGCGCAGGAAGAGUAGAUGUGGUCUUGACUUACAAGGGGAAGGAGACGGGCCUACAGAGAAAUGAGAUAGAUGAGAGAAGCGGCAUAGAUCUUUCGCACGAGGUGUAUGUCUACAGCGCUGCAUGAUAUUUUCGCGGCGUUAUAAUGGGCAAAGGGGCGAGAGAUAUCAACUUGUACGUCCUGCGUUUGGCGUUCUUAACACGGGCUUCAACAACCCAGGGAGGAAAAGAAGCGAUUCUUUUUGAUCAGCAGAGCGGUACGUACAUGGUAGACAGAAGAUUGUGGUGCUUAUGGCUUUGUAGAUUCGAAUUUUAAUAUCAAUCAAUCCAUGCUUCAUACUGGAUUUUGGAAAUUGCCGCCAUACGAUGGGACAGUGCCUCCGCGCACGUGAUAUUAUUCUGUUUGUGCGAAAUAUGCUUACAUAAGGCGGCCUAGUUCCAAGCUCAAGGCGGUGGCAGAAUACCUCCUACGAACAGACCUAGAAGGAGGGGUUAUGACGUCUACCA